CUCUCCCUCCAGGCUGACUGCUUCUCCAAUGAUGUUCACAAACUGGACACCAAAUCCAUGAUCUGGGCGUUGGUGAAGGCCAAAGGCGCCCCGGCUUGCUGGAGAGAUUUCCACUCGGCCACUGUGAUUGGUCACAAGAUGUACGUCUUUGGCGGCCGCGCCGAUCGCUCCGGACCGUUCCAUUCCAACAACGAGAUCUACUGCAACCGCAUCCGAGUGUUCGACAUGAUGAUCGAGAGCUGGGUGGAGGCGGCUCCGUCCACGGCGCCCCCCGAAGGCAGGAGGAGCCAUUCAGCCGUCGCCUAUCAGGGGGAGUUGUACGUUUUCGGGGGAUAUAACGCCAGACUGAACCGUCACUUCCAGGAUCUGUGGAAAUACUCCCCCGAUUCGGGUCGCUGGCAGCGGGUGGAUGUCCAGGGAAAAGGCCCGUGCGCUCGGCGCAGGCAGUGCUGUUGCAUUGUGGGUGACAAAAUCCUCCUCUUUGGAGGCACCAGCCCCUCCCAGGAUCAGGAUCCCCAUGAUGAGUUCAACCUGACGGAUCAUUCCGAUCUCUACAUCCUGGACUUCAAUCCCAGUCUGAAGACGCUCUGUAAGCUGGCCGUGUUGCAUCACAAUCUGGACCAGUCAUGUCUCCCUCAUGACAUCAGGUGGGAGCUCAUGGCAAUGACAACAAACAGCAACAUCAGCCGCCCCCUACCGUCAUACCACGGAUAGGAGGAGGAAGUGGCGCCCCCUACCGUCAUACCACGGAUAGGAGGAGGAAGUGGCGCCCCCUACCGUCAUACCACGGAUAGGAGGAGGAAGUGGCGCCCCCUACCGUCGUACCGUGGAUAGGAGGAGGAGGAAGUGGCGCCCCCUACCGUCAUGCCACGCAUAGGAGGAGGAAGUGGCGCCCCCUACCGUCAUACCACGUAUAGGAGGAGGAAGUGGCGCCCCCUACCGUCAUGCCACGCAUAGGAGGAGGAAGUGGCGCCCCCUACCGUCAUACCACAGAUAGGAGGAGGAAGUGGCGCCCCCUACCGUCGUACCAUGGAUAGGAGGAGGAAGUGGCGCCCCCUACCGUGGAUAGGAGGAGGAAGUCUUCGCGCACACAGGGUCCCGCUCUCACACUUGCUGCCUUUUUCUACGUCUGCACUCAGUGUUAUUAUAGCCGUGGGUCUCCAGAGAGAUUUUUAUAAUGUUUUUACCCCGAGAGGCGGGGCUGAGAUGUAUCAUUUCAGUAAUAAAAUCACUUGAAUCAUA